CCAGUCCCGGCAUCCAGCCACUAGCCCGUAGCCACCCCAGUGUGCCGGCCAGACGUGUGCCACUGGGAGUACGUACCUGGUCGAAGCCAAGCGAGAGAGCGUGAGCGCGGGAGAGGAUCGGAUGGCGGCGGCGCGGUGGGUGCUGGUGGCCGCGGCGGCGGUGGCGGCGCUGGCGGCGACGCGCGCGACGGCGGCGGCGCCGAGGAAGCCGGUGGACGUGCCGUUCCAGCGGAACUACGUGCCGACGUGGGCGGCGGACCACAUCCACUACGUCGACGGCGGGCGGGAGGUGCAGCUCUACCUCGACAAGUCCACCGGCACGGGGUUCCAGACGCGGGGCUCCUACCUCUUCGGCCACUUCAGCAUGCACAUGAAGCUCGUCGGCGGCGACUCCGCCGGCACCGUCACCGCAUUCUACCUGUCGUCGCAGAACUCGGAGCACGACGAGAUCGACUUCGAGUUCCUGGGCAACCGGACGGGGCAGCCCUACAUCCUGCAGACCAACGUGUUCACCGGCGGCAAGGGCGACCGCGAGCAGAGGAUCUACCUCUGGUUCGACCCCACCAAGGAGUACCACUCCUACUCCGUCCUCUGGAACCUCUACAUGAUCGCGUUCUUCGUGGACGACGUGCCGAUCCGGGUGUUCAAGAACAGCAGCGGCGAGCUGGAUGUGCGGUACCCGUUCAGCCAGCCGAUGAAGCUCUACUCGAGCCUGUGGAACGCCGACGACUGGGCGACGCGCGGCGGGCGGGAGAAGACGGACUGGUCCAACGCGCCCUUCGUCGCCUCCUACCGCGGCUUCCACGUCGACGGCUGCGAGGCCUCCGCCGAGGCCCGCUUCUGCGCCACCCAGGGCGCGUGCUGGUGGGACCAGCCCGAGUUCCGGGACCUCGACGCCGCCCAGUACCGCAAGCUCCGGGAGGUCCGCCAGCGCUACACCAUCUACAACUACUGCACCGACCGCGACCGCUACGCCGCCAUGCCGCCCGAGUGCGCGCGCGACCGCGACGUCUGAAGUGGGGGCCGACAGCCGAGCCGGCCGGACGGCCGGUGGUCCGGCGCCGCCGCCGGUGUGCCAGGGGAGGAAGCUACAGGGACGCUUUGCAUUGUUAGGCGCUGCAGCUGCAGGAUUGAGCAGCCUGAUGUAUGGUAUUGGACUAUUGGUUGGUAUUUGUGUUUGCGUGGGCUUCAGACAUUCAGACAGGCCGUGGCACGCGUGUGUCUGUGUGUGUGAGCACAUACAUGAUGUGCUGUACUGUAUUGUUUGUAUCAUCCCAGAUCAAAAAUCAAUUGAUAUUGGCAUUUGCAUA